AUGAAAUCAAGGGCAGAAUCUCUCAUUUCGUACUCUGUACUUUAUAGUUUGAUCAUCAUAAUAGCUCAGAAAUGUGAUUACAUUUUGUUUAUCAGAGGACAGAAAGUACCUGCUAUUUUUCUGUUUGGGGACUCCUAUGGAGAUACAGGGAAUAAUGAUUUUAUUGGUACAAUAGUGACUGGUGAUUUUCCUCCAUAUGGAAGAGAUUUCGAAGAUCACAUUCCCACAGGAAGGUUAUCCAAUGGAAAGCUCAUGUCUGACUACUUUGCUGAAGGACUUGGAAUCAAGGAAUUGUUGCCCCCAUAUUUGGACCCUAAGCUCAAGGCCCAAGACUUGCUAACUGGUGUCUGUUUUUCAUCAUCUGGUACAGGCUUAGACAAUCUCACUGCCCAUAUAUUGAAUGUGAUACCAGUUUGGAAACAAAUUGAGUAUUUUAAAGAGUAUAGAAAGAAAUUAGCAGGAUUGGUGGGAGAAGAAGAGGCCGCCACCAUGAUAAAAAGGGCAAUAUUUUUCAUUUCGAUAGGCACCAAUGACUUCAUUGUAAACUACUUUGCACUCCCAACUCGUCGACUCCAAUUCACUGUUCAAGAGUAUACAGAUUUCCUCUUGAAUAUAUACACUGUUUAUUUCAAGGAAUUAUACAAUCUGGGUGCCACUAGAAUUGCUGUCAUUAAUGUUCCACCAUUGGGAUGUCUACCAAUAGAGAGAACACUUGGAAGCUUUUUGAACAAGGGAGGAUGUGAUGAGAAGAUAAACCAGGCUGCAGAUGGAUUCAAUUCGGGAUUAAAUGCCAUGAUUGGAGGACUCAAGCCUGCUUUUCCUAGCCUUAAAAUUGCUUACCUCGAUUACCACACUCUGAUUUCCGAGUUCAUUGCAAACCCUAGCAAAUAUGAUUUGGAUGUGAUUGCAAAGGCUUGCUGUGGGACGGGUACCUUUGAAAUUGUCUUCCUGUGCAACAAAUUUACUCCAUUUACCUGUCCUGAUGCUUCCAAAUAUCUAUUCUUUGAUUCCGUCCACCUUACUCAGAAGGCAUAUCAAAACAUUUCUAGUGUAUUUCUUACCAGAAAUGUUCCUCAGCUUCUUUAA